ACGACGUAUACGUUCUUUUUGUCCGUCGGUUAGGUGUGUGUGUGUGUGUGUCUGUUUGUACGUCUGUAUAUUAUAAGUGUGUGUGAGUUUGUGUAUGACACUCGGUUUUUGUUUUUGUUUUUUUUUUAAUUUAUCGUUUCCCCUAGAAUUGUCCGACGUGAUACGUAUAUCUCUGCGGAUAUACCUGUUUGUAUAUACAUCACCCUAUAUCAUCACGACGAACUAGCUGCAGUGUGUUGCGUUUAUCCCGCGUUAUUUACUCUUGAAUGAAAACAAUAAUUAAUAUAAAAGUUUGUUUCGUCGUACGUAAUCGUAUAUAAUGAAUGCCAAAAAAAAAAAAAAUUUAAAAAUAAUACUGUACAUUUCAAUAUGAUAAAAAUAAGAUGCCUAGCUGUAGAUGACAAAAUAAUACGUUUUAUAGCAUGCGCGCUGUGUUGGUUAUAUAAAUUAUAUGUAUAAUACAUACCUAUUUAAAUAGUAAAGUGUAAAAUAUUUUUAUCUCUCAUAACGGUUGUCUAGUUCUAAUCACGUUAUUGUAUAUUGCACAGACAUAACAUUAAAAAAUUACGGUUAUCGUCCGGUAACUGUAGUGGCAGAUAUGAUAAAAUGUUGUGAACAUAUCGACAAGACUGAUAUUGAUUGUAACCAUUUUCAACUAAUUGGAAGCAGCUUAGAUUUGGCAGGACGAGAUUCUAAAAUUAUAACUCUUCAGUACCUGAAUAUUUAUUCAUACAAUCGUCGAGGCGAAUGUGAUGUUCGUGUCAAUAUAAUAUAUAACAGAAAUGAACAAAUCGAAUCAACAGUCAUUCAAAAGAUUUAUUUUGAUACAACAGUAAACAAAGGCAUGAAAUGUGAAUUUCCUGAUGAGGACUAUUUAGAUUAUUGUAAUCCUAUAAAUUGUCAUAUGAAAUAUUCUGGAUAUCGAGGAUUCUUUAGUACAGAAAAACAAAAAUGUGUUCAAAUUCCAACAUGUCAAUCAAAAAAUAAUAAAGAUCAGGCCUAUAUUUGGUUUAACAACCAAUGUGCAGAUCUAAAUUAUACCAUUACACAAAAAGACAUUCAAGAAGUUUUAUUUAGGAUAGAAAACAAUAAAAGUGACGAACAGUUCCGAACAUUUGAUGAAAUUCAUUCUACCCAAAAAAUCCGUUGUCACAAUGGAUAUCUGAACAGCAUUACCGAUUUAUGUGAAUGUGAUCUUGGAUGGGAAAAUGAAAAUAAUAUUAAUUGGAAUGAUUUUUUACCAUCUACUAUACCAUUACAAAUGUGUAUGGUCCGUAAGCAAAUUUCUAAAAACUUUAUUCAAAGCUUAAAAUUUGCUUUAAUACCAAAAAACUGGACAUAUGUGGAACUUAUUUGUGCAUUAUUAAUAAGUUGUGUGAUUAUAACGUUUAUACAACUUUUUAUUAUUUCUUCGAAGCCAAACUAUAUCAAAGUUUGAAUAUUCAUAAAUUCAUUAAUAUUAUUACUUUCUCACAAAACAAAUUUAUUUUAAUAGUUGAAAUAGUAAAUACUGUCACUAGUAUGCGAUUCAUUUAUAAUUAUUAUUUGUACUAGAUAUUUCUGUAAAUAUUCACAGUAUUAUUACCUACCAUUGUUUGAUAAAUUUGUAUCAAUUUAAAAAAAAAACAAUAAUACUAUUAUGAAGUGAAUAUAUUGCAGACGCGGUUUAUUAUAUUUUUUACUUUGAUCCAAUAAAUAUAUUUAAAAACACCGCCAAUAAUAGGUUUGCUCGUAAUAAUACCUCGAAAUUGAGUGUAACAAUGAAUUCAAACGUUUUCGAUCACGGAAUAAUAAUAAUAUAUGUAACGUAUCCCUUGAAAGAGCGACUUCAACUGCGAUGUACCCAUACGUAAUGUGAAGAACAACUCUUCAAAAACCUGACAGCCUGCCAUUAGAGUUAUUGAUCCUAUACAAAUUUUUUGACCCGCUGAUUACCUAAGGCAUCAUUGAGAAACCAAUUUAAACAUAAUUCCUAUACUAUAUAGUAUAUAUAGGUACUCAACAUCGACAUGGCGCCAGUGUCUUGUACAUAUAUAUUAUAUAGAUUUUAGUAAAACUGGUAGGUACAAUUAUAUAAAAUAUAAAAUAAAAAUUAUACUUUUAUUGUAAAUGUACCUGUAUAAUAUUUUAUACCCGUAGUUAUUCGAUGUGUAGUACAAACUAUAUAAGACAAGUAUUUUAGGAAUAUUAUGAUGUUUCAUCAGCAGUCUUUAAAUAAUCAAACAAUUGUGUUGUAAAUA